CAAAAAUUAAUUAAAUAUGAACAGAACACCUUCUAAUUCUUUGUAUUUGAGAAAUUCUCGUAAUUCAUCUCAUUCACCAAGUCUUUAGUAAAAAUUUGUAACUCCAGAGAAACUUGUGAGAGUUAGUGGUAAUUCUGGAGUAAAGAUAAAUUCAAUUUAAAAAAAUGGAAACCGAAUUAGAAGUGAAGUUGUUGAAACAGUUAACAAAGUAAAAGAACAAUCGAAGUUAUAAGAGUACAUAUAGCAAGAACUUGAAUAUAGUAAUAAUAAUUCUAAUUAUAGAUUAAAUUCCAUAAAGAAACAAAGAAUAAAAAUAGUUAGAAUAAAGAAUAUUAAAAUUACUACUAAAAAAUCAUGAUUUUGAAUUAGAAAUGGAAUUAGUAAGAUAAGAAAAUGAACAAUUAAAGUAAUUACUCAUUGAACAAUAGACAAAGAUGAUUGAAUAAAAUUAAGAAAUAAUGACACUUAACAUCUUAAAAGAUGGAUUUAAAAAAUAUAGCUUUAGUGAUUACUUUUAAUAAUAAAAUUAAUGA